AUGUCGCUGGGGCGGUGCUACGCCGGCCACAGCUUCGAGCACAAGAUGGCUAUGGCCGCGAAACACGGCCUCGAGGGCAUUGAGCUGUUCUACGAAGAUCUUUGCGACCUUGCACCGUCCAAAUCCGCGUCGGAUCUCCUCACAGCAGCUGCCUACGUGCGGGAUCUGUGUGAUUCGUUGGGACUGUAUAUCAUCUGUCUGCAGCCGUUUAUGCACUACGAGGGCCUUCUAGACCGACAAAAGCACGACGAGAGGGUAGAAGAGAUGAAGGUGUGGAUGAAGCUGGCACACGUUCUGGGCACCGACAUCAUCUCAGUCCCAUCGACCUUCCUCCCCGAAUCCGAAGUCUCGCCUGAUCUCGAUCUCAUCGUUUCCGACCUCCAACAAAUAGCAGACAUGGGCCUGCAACAAACACCCGUAAUUCGUUUCGUCUACGAAAGUUUAUGUUGGGGCACAUACUGCGACAGGUGGGAGCGCUGUUGGGAGAUCGUGCAGCGCGUAGAUCGAUCAAAUUUCGGUAUUUGCCUCGACAGCUUCAACAUCCUCGGCAGAAUUUACGCAGACCCCACAUCAGACACCAGGUGUAACGAGAACGCCGACCAGAUGGUCGCUGAGUCGAUACAAAGGCUUGUCCAACAGAUCAAGCCGCACCGCGAAAAGAUUUUCUUCAUUCAGAUCGUUGACGCCGAGAAGCUUGCUGAGCCAUUACGGUCCGGGCAUCCAUUUUACAACGCAGAGCAGCCAAGUCGUAUGAGCUGGAGCAGAAAUUGCAGACUGUUCUACGGCGAGACAGAGUACGGUGCGUACCUACCAGUCAAGGCCGUCGCGAAUGCCAUCAUCAACGAGAUUGGCUAUGAUGGCUGGGUCAGCUUCGAAUUGUUCAACCGCGUUAUGGAGAGGAAAGAUCACGAUGUUGUCGAAGAGCUGGCUUCGCGAUGCGCGAUCGGUUGGGAGAAAAUGGUGGUUGAUCUCGGGCUCGAAAUUGCACCUCGCGCACUUACAAAGAUCGACAGCAACGAGAAGGUCGAAGACACAAGGAAGGACAGCACACGGACGAGCUUUGAGAAUGCGAGGCUUUGA